AUGAAUAUCUCUGUCGUAAAUAAUCGGAGAAGAAAGCCGGCGGAGGCCGCCGGAGAACACCACGGCUGCCUGAAAAGGAUAAGAGCCUCGCCGGAAAUUGGAGGAGGGUACGACUUUUUUGAGGCCUUGCCUGAUGAUAUCGUUCUCUGUAUUCUCGGCAAGCUCAGCUCCACCGCCGGCUGCCCCGCCGAUUUCAUCAGUGUGCUGAUAACAUGCAAAAGGUUCAAGGGAUUAAGCCUUCACUCUCAGGUGUUGUCAAAAGCCUGUGAGAAAAUGUUGGCAGUGAAAGCAAAAAACUGGUCCGAGUCGGCUCACCGAUUCCUCAAACUCUGCGCCGAUUCCGGCAGCGUCGAGGCGUGCUACACUCUUGGAAUGAUUCGAUUCUAUUGCCUGGAAAACAGAGGUAGCGGGGCGUCCCUGAUGGCCAGGGCCGCGAUUGCGUCUCACGCUCCGGCGCUGUACUCCCUCGCCGUCAUCCAGUUCAACGGCAGCGGUGGCUCCAAGAACGACAAGGACCUCCGAGCCGGCGUCGCCCUCUGCGCGCGGGCUGCCUUCCUCGGCCAUGUCGACGCUCUCCGGGAGCUCGGCCACUGCCUCCAGGACGGUUACGGCGUCCGCCAGAACGUCGCCGAGGGCCGCCGUUUCCUCGUCCAGGCCAACGCCCGCGAGCUCGCCCUCGUCCUGGUCGCCCACCCUGCCGCCGUCGUUCCCCGCUCGUGGCUCGCCUGCAACCACUACCACCGCCAGCCGGCCCCCGGCGCCGGCGGCUGCCCCCUCCUCAGCGACUUCGGCUGCAGCGUGCCGGCGCCGGAGGCUCACGCGGCCAACCGGUUUCUCUCGGAGUGGCGCUGGAUUGGAAGCUCCGCCACAAAAAGGACUGCAGCCCGGCGGAUAGGUGGGGGGACGACUUGGACGGAGGCGGUUUUGACGGUGAUGGUGAGGAUGUUCUGA